AUGAAAUUUGAUGACUUAUUAAACGAGGCCAUAAAGAGCGCAUUUCGGGCGAGUUCGUCGGUGUCGGUGGCCUUUGGGCGCAAUUGUUUGCCAGAAAGUCGGCCGUAUCAAUCGACUCGAUAUGUGAUAUGCGAUUGCGAUUGCGAGUCCCAGUGGAACGGUUCAGAUUGUUUCUCGCCACCGUUAUGGCCCCUAAUACUGGUGUCCUGCGGCGGCUUGCUCCACAAAUUGCCUAGAGUUUUCCGUAAGCAUGGUGAACUGGGGCAAGCAGCUGUGGAAACGGAAAAGCAAAAAAAACAGUCCUAUGUGGAGGAGGCCACAGAGAACGAAUUGUGGCAGGAGUACUAUGCCCCGUAUUUGCACUUCUUGCCCUUUCAGGAAGUCUGUACAAGAUUGGAGACGAGUCUCGCCCAGGGACUGACUCGAGAAGAGGCUGCAAUAAGACUGCAGCGCAGGGGCAAGAACAUUCUGCCGAUCCCUAAGAAGCGAAAACCUUUAGUUGUAAGGUACUUUUAUUACUGCUUUAGCGUCAUGGGCUGCAUCAUACUGUUGGGUUCACUCAUCUGCUUCUACUUGCACCAUAAAGUAUACGACAUGUAUCCCAAUGAACUUCACAAUCCGAGAUAUUUGGCGUCGGGUUGGAUCCUGCUCAUCAUCUUCUUUCUCGCCGGGCUUAUGCCCCUCAUGCAUGAGGACGAUGACGAAGCGCUGAUCGAGGCUAUCGACAUGACAAUGCCCAUGUAUUGCACUGUGAUUCGAGAUGGGAAGAAGGAGAUCAUCCUCACCCAGGACGUGGUGAUUGGCGACGUUAUUCCGAUCAGCUAUGGCCAGCGGUUACCAGCGGACUUGAGAUUCUUUAGUACCUCGGGCCUGGAAGUUGAUAAUGUGGCUCUUACAGGAUCCUCGGAUCCCUGGCAAAUAUUUCUUUUAGCGAGCGAUGAAAAGCAGAUGUUCUCGCACUCAAGAAUUGAGUAUUUACAUGAUUAGAAAUUAUGUUAGUGA